AUGGACUCAACAAAUGUGGCAGCGCCUCUGGCGACCAGCGUCAUGCAGACUCGGCCGGGCAUGCGCACCCUUGACAAGAUCGAGCAGGGCAUCCCUCCAGUCCUGCGGCCGCUGCUCCGCGCCUACCUCCUCGGCUAUGCCUCUGCCGUGGCCCCGAGGCUCUUGACGCUCAUGCUGCAGCACCUGACGCGGCGGAGGAGAGGGUCGACCGGUGCUCGCACCCGGCAGAAGUCGCCCUUUCCCGCGUCGUUCAAGCGCAUCAGUCGCAUGGGUCUGGAGUUGCAACGUUUCCCAACCUUUUGUGCUGCCCUUGUCGGAGGUAGUACGCUGUUGCAGUCCAAGGAGACCCCGAGCUUUACCGACACCGUCGUGGCCAAGUCGGACGUGCCGCCCGGUGUCAGAUAUAAGAAGAUCAGAUAUGCCGGGCGCACGCUCGAUCUGACCUUGUUCGCAUCCACCCGAGCAGUCGAUGUCAUAGUAGGCGAGCUCUGGUCCCAGCGCAAAGCUCGCCGGUUGGCUGCCGGCAAAUGGACCAAGACCGAGGUUCUCAUCUCGAAACUCGCCGAUCCAGCCAUGUUCGCGACCUCGUGCGCCCUCAUCAUGUGGACCUGGAUCUACCUCCCCGCCCGCCUCCCCCGGGCGUACAACAAAUGGAUCGGCUCCGCCGCCGCCGUCGACAUCCGCCUCAUCCAGGCGCUCCAGCGGUGCCGGACCGGCGAGCUCCGCUACGGCGAGGACACGGGCCAGGCGCCGCUCCUCGAGGGCAUGUGCGCCGACUACUACUGGCCCCUCGAAUGGGGCGACCCGGCCCGCUCCGUGCCCUUCCCCUGCGAGAUGGUGCACAUGGGCUGCGGCCCGUCGUGCGAGUACCACGCCCUCGACCGCUUCUACCGCUCCUUCCGCUGGUCCAUGGCCACCUACCUGCCGCUGAACCUGCUGCUCGUGCUCCGCCGCCCGAACCGCCGCGCCCUGCUGCGCGCCCUGCUCUCGGCCUCGCGCUCCUCGGCCUUCCUCGGCGCCUUCAUCACCCUCUUCUACUACGGCGUGUGCCUCGCCCGCACGCGCCUGGGCCCCCGCCUCCUCGGCGCCGACCACGCCGCCCGCCAGCGCAUCGACGGCGGCAUCUGCGUCGGCACGGGCUGCGCCCUGUGCGGGUGGAGCAUCCUCAUCGAGAACGCCGGCCGGCGCAAGGACAUGGCCCUCUUUGUGGCCCCGCGCGCCCUGGCCACGCUGCUGCCGCGCCGCUACGCCUGGUCCAAGCAGUGGCGCGAGACGCUUGUCUUUGCGGCGAGCACGGCCGUCGUGUUCACCUGCGCGCUCGAGAACAGGAGGCGCGUGCGAGGCGUGCUCGGAGGGAUCCUCGGCGGCGUGUUGAGUGCCUAG